UUCGGUGGUGUGAGAUAUAUUUUUAUAGCAUUUGGUCCAUUUUAGAAUAGAGUGCACUUGAGAGCCAUUAUAGAAUUUGAAUACUUUCCGGUGGGACGAGCAACUGAUUGUUCCAAAUCUGCUCGUCUUUCUAGUGAUUGUUUCUCCUCCAUCUUGAGAAAUAAUGGCGGUGGCGACGAGCCUCGCUUCGCUUCUCGAGAAGCUCAAAGUGGAGGAGCCUUACCUUCGACCAAGGAAUUGGGAAUCCUUACAUUCUCAGAGCGGCCGAUUUCCUCUUCCAAUUCGUGCUUCUCCUCCGUCUUCUUCCUCUGUCUCUGAAUCAAGCUUGGUUAGGUUGGCGUUGAAUGCUCUGCAAGGUGUUGAGUCUUCUCUUAUUAGCAUAGGGAAACUCUCUUCUCUAUUAUGCUCUGAGUCCGCUGAUAGGACCACCCACCACAUACCAAGCUUGUGGCAUCGGUUGUCGAGCACUGACGCAUUGGGACAGAUUCUUAGAGACAUAGGCUGCUUUGGUUCUUUGGUCUUUCUUCUCCAUAGUUUUGUAGGCCAUUUCACGAGCUUGAAGUUGGAAGUUGAGGGACAGGGGAGCUGCUAUACUCUUGUUAAUCAGGCUUUUGCUAUUGCUGUGAGAAAGGUCCUAGAAGGCUAUAUAUCUGGUCUGGAUACAUUAUGUGCAUCUGUACAACUGAGGCGUUCAUCUAACAUUGUGGACGGCUCUGGCCGUGGUCCCUCUUCGCUAGGCUGCCUUACCAACGUAGUUCACCCAAAUAUAACAUUGUUGGAAGUUUUUCUACAUACUAGAGAGUUACGAACACAGAUUGAAGCUCUUGCCAACAUAUGUGACUUGUAUGAUAUAUCCCUAUCUUAUUGUGUCUCCCCUUGGGAAUGCCUGUUUACUGAAGCAACCACACAGUUUCAUGGGUUCUACAAAGGAAGUGACCUGCUUACUUACUUAUAUUCACAACUUAAGGUUGCUGAUCCUGCUCAUAGUGCUAUGGUUAAGUUUUUGUUCCUGAAAACAUGUGAGCCAUAUUGCGAGUUUAUAAGAUCUUGGAUUUAUAAGGCCGAACUUAACGAUCCUCAUAAAGAGUUCAUUGUGGAAUGUAUCACUGAAUCGACAUCUUUUUCUUGGAAUACGGCUGGCAUCUCCCGGUUGAAGAGGGCCAGGGAGCAAGAAGGAGGGCUUGUUCCAUGUUUCUUGGAUGGCUUCUUGGAACCUAUACUAAGGGCUGGUCAACAGCUCCAAGUAAUUACAAAACUUCUUGAAUUGUGCAAUCUUUCUGCAUCUGGACUCAGAAAUUAUGCAGAUCUUCUUCCCUAUUGGACGCAUUAUUCUUCCUCUAGUCUAGUGUACCCAUCUCCAAUAACUUUCAGCAAAUUGCAUAUAGAAGUGAUGAUACAGAAAAGAGACGAUUACUACAGAAGAAUGCAAGAAAAACUUUGUGACCUUUCAAGAAAGUUUGAACUGUUCCUUGGGCAGGUUCCUGGAGCAACAUCUUUGCCAAUUUCCUUUGAUGACGGAGAAAGACUUGAGAAAAGUUCCGGUAAUUUCACACUGGAUGAGAGUUUACUAGUUCCUUCAACAGUUGCAAUGGACUUGGCCAGGGACCAGAGUGGUUCAGAGUCUGAUGACCAGAAAACAGAAGAUAGAUGGUUUUCAGAGAUAGAUGCGUCAUGCUCAUCUGAAUCUUCAUCGACUAGGGACUUUUCUGAAUCUGAUGUUGGAAUGCUUGAUUUUCAAAGUACAUUAGCGGGGCCUUUACCAAAUUAUUUAUCAGCUCUACGUUUUUCUGUUGCCUCUGCUGGGAAAUGUGAUGAGAACCUGGCUCAGCAUGGUGAGUCGGGUUAUAUAGACAAUAAUUUUGUGACGAAAGAUGAGAAAGCAGAUACUCAUCGCCAGUGGAUGGAUAUUGAGCCAGAAGAGUCAACUGAAGCAUGUGAGGUUGAUAAAUUUAGAGGGCUUCUUUCUAUUAAGUCAUGGCCCCUUGGCGGAUUACCUAGAAAUCCAUUUAUUGUUGAUAAACACGCGGAAGAUGACAAACAAUAUCCACCAACUGAUUCCGGAGAUAAGAUGGAGCAGAGGGGUUCAAUGAAUACUGAUGAAAGCACGCUUUUAUUAAACAACAUUCCCACCGGCAUUAGUUGUCUAAAGCAGGAGAGAAAGCAUGAUUUGCUGGAAAACUGUUCCUCAUCAAAAUUAUAUUUGUUGAAAGAAACAAAGGUAAACUACCCGUACGAGGUGCUUAGUAUGAAUCCUAUGCUGAGAUGUGAUUUCCUGCGCAAGAAUGGAAACAUAAACAGAAGGGACCAGGCAAAAUUGUUGCAUUGGUUUGACUUUUCUGCGGUAGAUAACCCUUCCAAGACAUGUCUAGCCAGGAUACCUGUAGGAUUCCGUGUUGAUGAUUCCUUGGAAUAUCACAGUUCUCAGACUGAUAGAAAGAGUCAUUUCCAUGCCAACCAAGAAUGUGGCAUAGAUAGUCCUGAUGUUGAAGAUCCAAAAGUUUCUUGCAGUCAUUUAUCUUCAGGUUUUAAAGGUCGCGCUGAAGAAAAUAAGUCAAAUGUACCUGGUGGAAGUAGAUGGGAGGGUAUGCUUCUUAGAUCAAAUAACCCUGAAACUAGUGCACUUAGUGAUUGCAGACAGAGCUCCUCUCCCACAUUUGAAUUGCCACUAGAUUUUGUUAUAGACAAGUGUCUACUGCAGGAAAUACUUCUUCAAUAUAACUUCGUCAGUAAGCUAGCUAUUAAGUUGCUCGAAGAAGGAUUUGGCGUGAAAGAACAUCUGCUAGCACUGCGCAGAUAUCAUUUUAUGGAGCUAGCAGAUUGGGCAGAUGUGUUUGUAGCGUCCCUUUGGCAUCAUAAAUGGCUUGUUACGGAGGCAGAUAAGAGAAUUGCAGAAAUCCAAGGGUUUCUAGAAUCAUCAAUUCAGAGAUCAUCAUGUGAACGAGACACUUGUAAAGACAGGUUAUUUUUGUACAAAAGACAAGGCACAAUGCAUCUCCCGCCAUCAACCAUUGGAGUGCGAUCUUUUGAUUUCCUAGGGUUGGGGUAUCGAGUUGACUGGCCGAUCAGUAUAAUUGUAACAUGUGAUGCGCUGAAAGCAUAUGCUGAUGUAUUCAGCUUUCUGGUUCAAGUGAAACUAGCAGCCUAUGCAUUAACUGACGUUUGGUGUUCACUGAAGGAUGUAAGACAUACAAUGCAUGAGAAUAAAGAGGGGAUAGCGAAGCAAGAACUCCGGUGGUUGAACAUAUUAAUGAAACUAAGGCAUCAGGUCAACCAUUUUGUAUCAACACUACAACAAUAUGUACAUUCGGAAUUGUCUCACGUAUCAUGGUCCAAGUUCCUUCAUUCCCUGAAGAAUAAGGUGAAGGAUAUGAUGGAUCUUGAGUCUGUGCAUAUGGUUUAUCUAAGUGAAGCUCUGAGCAUAUGUUUCCUAUCUGAUGAAACCCGAGUCGUAUCAAACGUCAUAGAGAACAUAUUACAAUGCGCACUGGACUUCCGGUCUUGUCUUCCCCAAGGCACAGGUCGAGUUCCAAACGAUUCAUGGACAAACACGCUAGGCAUAGACACAUGUCAGGUGAUGAUGGUGAAGCAGAAGUUUGAGAAAGAGAUGAAGGAUCUGUAUAUGUGUCACCGGAGAUCACCAAAACAUGGGAGGUUUGGGCUCUCUCGCUUCUGGGAUUGCCUCAACUUCAACCUUUACUAUUCAGAGAUCCUACAUGACUCUAACAUCUUCCCUCUCAUUCCUUAGAAAUCCAAUAUCUGAUAUUCUUUUUGUUGUAUAUUUUGUGUGUAUGAAAAUUAAAAAAACUUGUGUUUCAAUUCAAUAUAGUUUUCGCACUAUUAAGUAUCAAAUUAAUU